AUGGCACUGCUGAAAGUCAAAUUUGACCAGAAGAAGCGGGUCAAGUUGGCCCAAGGGCUUUGGCUCAUGAACUGGCUUUCUGUGUUGGCUGGUAUCAUCAUCUUCGGCUUAGGGCUGUUCCUAAAGAUUGAACUCCGGAAGAGGAGCGAUGUGAUGGACAAUUCCGAGAGCCACUUUGUGCCCAAUUCCUUGAUAGGGAUGGGGGUGCUGUCCUGUGUCUUCAACUCUCUGGCUGGCAAGAUCUGCUAUGAUGCCCUGGAUCCUGCCAAGUAUGCCAAGUGGAAACCCUGGCUGAAGCCAUACCUGGCCGUGUGUGUCCUCUUCAACGUCACCCUCUUCCUGGUGGCCCUCUGCUGCUUCCUCCUGCGGGGCUCCCUGGAGAGCACCCUGGCCCACGGGCUCAAGAACGGCAUGAAGUUCUACCGGGACACAGACACCCCCGGCAGGUGUUUCAUGAAGAGGACCAUCGACAUGCUGCAGAUUGAGUUCAAAUGCUGUGGCAACAAUGGCUUUCGGGACUGGUUUGAGAUCCAGUGGAUCAGCAACCGCUAUCUGGAUUUUUCCUCCAAAGAAGUCAAAGAUCGCAUCAAGAGCAACGUGGAUGGGCGGUACCUGGUGGAUGGUGUCCCCUUCAGCUGCUGCAACCCCAACUCGCCACGGCCCUGCAUCCAGUACCAGCUCACCAACAACUCGGCACACUACAGCUAUGACCACCAGACGGAGGAGCUCAACCUGUGGGUGCGAGGCUGCAGGGCUGCCCUGCUGAGCUACUACAGCAACCUCAUGAACACCGUGGGUGCUGUGACGCUGCUCGUCUGGCUCUUGGAGGUGACCAUCACCAUCGGGCUGCGGUACCUGCACACGGCACUGGAAGGUGUGUCCAACCCCGAAGACCCCGAGUGUGAGAGCGAGGGCUGGCUUCUGGAGAAGAGCGUGCCGGAGACCUGGAAGGCCUUCCUGGAGAGCGUGAAGAAGCUGGGCAAGGGCAACCAGGUGGAAGCCGAGGGCGGGGAUGCAGGCCAGGCGUCAGAGGCUGGCUGACGGCCCCGGGUCCUCCCCUCUGGACGCUGAGUAGUGGACUCCAGGAAAUGCGGAUACCCCCUCGCCCAACCUGAAUCUCCCAAGGAGGGCGGCCCACCUCACAGAGACCCUUCUGGAUGGUGGGACUUAAAAUUGGGUCCGGUCCCUAAAAACUUCUGUUGAACGGCUGUCUCAAAAUGUGAGUGACUGAGCCCCGCUCAGGCCCACUGCCCCAGGACACACCCUCACGGUGGACGUCGGGGGCCUCUUGGCAGGUGACUCUUCAUGGCACAGGAAUUCGGUUCCAGCCUGAGGCUCCUGGCCACACUUCAGGGCUGCUCCCCUUUAAAGAGCUGGCCGUCAUGAUCAGCUCCAAGUUGCUUCAUUCUAUGUCCAAAGUGUCACUUGGUGCAUAAGCACAGGAGUCUGAAAAAUGUAUUGGCCGUGCUGUCAUUUUUUUUCAAAUGCCAAGAUUGACAGGUCAGCCAUUUUAUUUGUGUGGUUACAGAAGGUGGGGAACAGUGAACAGUUUUCUAAGAGUAGGGGUCUCUCCAGAGCAGUGACAACUCAAAAGGGGAAUUCUCAAUCCUGAGGCAAGAGAAUUAAAGAGAGGGGAUUAUUUCCUCCAGCAACACCACAGCUUUUGUGACCUUCACAAGCCCUCGGUCACCAGCCAGGAGUGAGCUAUGGGCUGAGGGAGGCAGGUGGUUGGCUUGUUCCAGCUGAAGUGCUGGGUGACCUCCUUCGGCUUGUCUGUGGAAGCACUGGCUUAGACGGCUGCCCUUCUGUGGAAAAAGAGCAGCAGUCAGACAAGAGUCCACCCUUUGGAGACCAGCCCCUGAGGACAACACUAUCUACAGUGGAGGGCAGAGUCCUCUGCGAGUGUCAUCCUGCUUCUUUCCCCAGAUACCUAUCCUGCAAAGUGAUUAUUUCCCGAAUACUUUUGCAUUACAGAGUCUUUGAGACAGCUCGUCUUCCCACGCUAGCAACUGUGAGAGAAGUUUUCCCUUCCCUCCGGAAAGAGAGAAAAAGGAAGAUUAUAGGGGAAAGAGAAUGAUUUCAUUGCUGUGCUAAGAUGUUUCAGUGUGGAGGAAACAAGACUUCUGGUGCUGCCUGGGGGGUGUUCUGGGGCUCUAACUCUCCCAGGCUUAAGACCAGAUCAAAGAUGUUUGGACAUUCUGUCCAACUUUGGGCCCAGGUUUAAUUCAACUAGAGUGUGGAGACCAAGGGAUGAGUCACAUGGACGAUGCUGAGGGAGUCGGCUCCUCUGACCAGGAUCCCAGAGUUUUCCCCACUCGGGAGCACUGUGAACCAUCGAGGAAAUGCCACUCUAAGCCCACGUGCGUAACGAUGCUGUUGACAGCUGUACGAUAGACAUUAAAAACUAUAUUGUAUGAAAAUAGCCCUUGUUAAAUGCCUGUCUUAAGUGUAUGUGCUACAUGUAUGGAUCACAGGAUCCCUGAUUCUUGCUAAUAUUUAUUAACAAAAGCAAACCUGACACUGAAAGGAAGUACUCUUAACGAUCAGGAUGUCACCUCUCUCCCUCUUGCUCUCUUAUCUGCAAGAAUGGGGACCAUCAGGUAACCCAAAUCAUCUCGGAGUUCCUGUCGUGGCUCAGCAGAAAUGAAUCUGACUAGUAUUCAUGAGGAUGC